AUGGCAAAGAACAUAGACUCUUUCGAACAACUUACGACCCGAAUCGGACGUCUGCGGAUGAGAAGAUGUGGUCCAACACCAGCUUUGACUAUCUUCGUCGUUUACGCUCCAACAUCAAGCUACAAAGAAGAAGAAGUCGAAGCUUUCUAUAUGGACCUGGAGAAGUUCUACCGAGAAGAUCAUGUCUUCUACAAAGUCAUAAUUGGCGAUUUCAACGCCAAAGUUGGCCCAAGAAGAACGCCUGAUGAACUUCGCAUCGGAACCCACGGCCUCUAA